CGUUCCUCUCGCGCGCUCGCGCGUUCUUCGGCCUCCGGAGCGAGUCGCAGCAUCCGUUGGACCGUUCCGGACUUCAGUCCACGUCGAGAACGCGCCACUGUCGGGACCUCGAAAAGUGACAACCACCCGUAACUCUGCGACCGACGUCGCGUGUCGAAAAGUUCACUGACAAAUCUAGCCCGAGACGUACCACGGUACCGUAAGCUGCCAGGAGCUUAGGGAGAAAAGGAAAGCGAUCAAGAAGCGAGAGAAAUUAUCGGGGACACAAUCGACGCGCGAGAUCUUUCGAACAAGAUCGAAUCAGUUGAGCGACUCAAACGACGCAACGCUUCCUCGGUCGUGAUCCUCUAUCGAAAUCGAGCAAGUAGAUUCAUUCGAUUCGCGAGCCAGUACUAACCUAGUAUUAGGUCCGAUAGCUUGCGAUUAACGCUGGUACCGGCCUCGCUCCGUUGGUACCGGGCGCGCGUCACGGAAGUGCGCCGCUUAGAGAAGUCGGCGAGUUUCGCGAGACAUUCGGAAGGCGAUCUCGUUAACGAGUUUCCGGAACUGCCUGAGUUACGGAGGAACAACGUCCGAAACGUCAGAAGCGAGCUGCGGGUACCCACUGGAUGCUCUAAGGGCUCGCAGAUUAUCCCAAGCCGGGUUAGCCGGUCACGUUCUGAUGCCGAGCGCACGUGCUGAGCGCUGAUCGUUGAGGGUGCGGAGCACGAGGGAGCAGAACCACGAGGGCCCACAGGGAGAGCUGAAGAAGAGAGAUCUCGGGCCGGGGGACUGCCGGGAGUUGUUGCCCAGCCCCGGCGAGGCGGACAUCGGGCCCGGAUGCUCGCGAGGACGAGACGCCGGAAGCGCUGCCACGUUGGAAGGGAAAAUAUUGACGGCCGUCAACAAGUUCCUUACAACGUCCCCUUUGGUUAACAAGGUCAAGUUGCUGAUGACGAGACAGAGUAGCGGAGCAGUGGGAAACGGCGAGGGAAAAGAUGCCGACGAUUGUUCUCCGCGGGCAUCGUCGCCGACGUCGAUGACGGUGACUACGACGACGCCGAUGACCUCGACGGCAUCACCGACGCCGAACGUUCCUACGGGGUUGACGGACCUGCAACACCGACGACGACGACAACAGCAGCAGCAGCAGCAACUGUCCUUGAUGCAGACGACGGAUUCGAUCGUCGCGUCUUCGUCGUCUACCUGCGACGAGUCCAGCAGACUCUCUGCGAACGUUCUCUUCUCCCUGCCGACCUCGCCCAAGCGCUCGUCCAGCAAGGCGCCUGCUAUAUCGAAGUCGCAGAUGAAGGAAUUCCGAGAGGCCUUCAGGCUGUUUGAUAAGGACGGCGACGGAACUAUCACGAAGGAAGAACUUGGCAGGGUGAUGCGUUCCUUGGGACAAUUUGCAAGGGCAGAAGAGUUGAGGACAAUGCUGCAGGAGAUCGACAUCGACGGCGACGGAAACGUCAGUUUCGAGGAAUUCGUCGAGAUCGUCAGCAACAUCGGCGCGAGCACAGCGGCACCCACCGAUCAGCAUCAGGAGGAGCAGGAAUUACGGGAUGCAUUUCGGGUAUUCGACAAACAUAAUCGUGGCUACAUCACCGCGUCGGACCUCAGGGCGGUACUGCAAUGCCUGGGCGAGGAUCUGUCCGAGGAGGAGAUCGAGGAUAUGAUUAAGGAAGUGGACGUGGACGGGGACGGCCGGAUUGAUUUCUACGAAUUCGUUCAUGCUCUCGGCGAGCCGGGGAUCGACGAGGACGAAGAGGAUGACGAAGAGGAUCUGCAAUCUCCGCUGUUCUAAGAUCACGUCUAUUCUCUCAUCUCUUUGUUAGAUAAGCCUGAUACAAGACGACGUGCGAUCGCGUUUUCGCGAAAUAUUCUUCCUCUCGCGUUUGCAAUUCGAAUCGCGCGCGAUCGCGCCUGGCAAACAAGACGAGGCCUCUUUAAACUCCGAGAACUCGUCUGCGUUUCAUUAGCUCUCGCUCUUCUCAAAUUUCUCGAGUCGAUUUCUCAACGCUGGAACGUCCUGCUAAGCGUAUCGUGAAUAGAUAAACUGCAAAAAUCUGCACCGAGCUACACAUUACUCCCUCGCGGAUGGUCGCGAGUGCAGCACGAAUUUGCAUUCUUGAUGUACGCUAAACGAACCGAGGAGUCGUCCCGGUCAGAGGACUCUCGAUAAGUUAGUCCCGGAUCGAUGUGGCAUGCGGAGACGUGACCGACCGUCACCGAGCCGCCGCUGAGAAGAACGCGCAGUGCAACACUGAAAAUUGCGAGCCCGCGAAUUCAAACAGCAGGGUUUGUCGUGUGAGGGACGGGUGAGAGAAGGUUGCUCCUAAAACGAGAAGUCAAACGUGAAUAUCCAAAUGCAACGCGACGCGAGCGUGUCUAUGAGAGCGCGGGACGAAAAAGGCCAGAAGCGUUUCUCCUGGCACGCUUUUCACGAGUCGCUGAUAAGCGCCGCGGAUAAUUACGUGGGGGAGGGCGGUCGGUAAAACCGGGGUCCGUGAAAUCUCGCCGCGCCGGACAACGGGAGCGAUAAGCGCUUCUGGCAGCGCGGGAACUCGCGGCGGAUAAAUCAUCAGCGGUCGGCCAUGGUGGCUCUCGCAGUUUUACUCUCGGAGGAAGCGCUCCGUAGCGGGUCGACGCGCGAUGCGAUAUAAUAUCUCCUGCGCGAAUUCCGAAGCUGAGCGUUAAGGCGAGCGCGAGAGAUGUUAAUCUAGUUGAGAUAAAUUAUUCAUUUCGCACGUAUUUUCGAUCCUAUCGCUUACACGUGACACCAGAGGUUAUCUCGCCCGGCUGACUACCUAUUUCAGCGAGUCUCUCUCUCUCGACGCCGCACGGGCGACUUUAAGAUGUAAGAUCGAUUAGAUCGUAAUGAAUUCCGUCUCGUAAGUAUGUGGACUUUUUCUCGAUUUUACUCUCGUCUAACGCACUAGAACGUUAAUACUCUAUCCGAAAAGAAAAGGAGGAGCAAGAAGAAGGACAGGAAGCAAUCUUAAGAGAACGAAAGCAGAAACGCACCGCAACAUACACACGAACGGAUCGUGCCGAUGCGUGCGUCGCGACGGCGCGAUCGCCGAGCGGGGGAAGAUGCAAAUAAAAGGAAAACCGACCGGAAGAUCGUCGGUCGCUCGCUUCGACUUACACGUGUGAUCCGUAUUCUUGCUAGACGUACACGGAAGAAAACGGCUGGCUCACACACAAAUCUGAUCGUGACGGUCAGAUGCAGCAUUGAAUCCAGCUGGCACGACCGGAUUUAUGUGUGGGCCGACUAUAUGGAUUUUUUUUCCGCGUAGUCAUUGAAUUAACGGACCCCUCUCGGCACGGUCUCGCCCGAAAAGUCUCAUCCGGCGAGCGAGUGCGAAAUCCUACGUCGAUCUUCGCUCGCUUUGCUCUCCUCGGGCCUCGUAUUACGUACCUUAAACGACUAUAUCACUGUUACGCCAAUAACAAAAGCCGCACGCUGUUUCAAAUAUUUUAAAGGAUUUAAUAAAUCGCUAAAAAACA